UGAGUUCUUUGAUCUGUGUGUUUUGUGCGUAGGUCGUAGAUUAUAGCCCAGAACAUAAAGAUAUCUUCAUCUGUCAAGUUCAAAAACGUUUCGAAAAUUUUUAUUUUCAUCCUUCAAAAUUGACAAGUGUUGCUGAAUUUGAAAAAGUUUCCGGGUCGUAAACAAAUACGAUAAUGGCUCUAAUGCUAGCAAGCAGACUUUGCAGGGCCCCUGUACUAAACAAUGUCGCUGUAAAGAGCUUACCAAAUUAUGCAGCCAAACGAGUUUUUUCUGAAGAAGGCAAAGAUGCCCUCGGUAGGGCAAUCAGAAGAAGUCCCACUAUUAAGGAAAGAGCCAUGGCUCCUGCAGGAGACACAGCUUUUAAUAUUGGAAGAAGUGCCUUAGCUGGAGGGUCUGUCUUGGGUAUUGGAGCCCUUUGUUAUUAUGGUGUAGGUUUGGGUAAAGAUGUUGGAGCUCUUGAAAAACAUCAUUUGUGGCCACAAUAUGUAAAAGAUCGUAUUAAGACAACCUAUUUAUAUUUUGGAUCAUCUUUGGUUGUUACUGCAGCUAGUGCUGUAGCAGCUGCUUCUUCCCCAGCUAUUAUGAAUUUGGUUAUGAGAAAUGGAUUUAUGGGUAUGGCUAUUAGCUUAGCAGCUAUAAUGGGUACAGGUAUGUUAGCCCAAGGUAUCGAGUACAAAGAAGGAUUUGGAGCUAAACAAAUGGCUUGGUUGUUGCAUACAGCCACCAUGGGAGCCAUGGUAGCCCCCUUGUGUUUUCUUGGUGGACCUUUGCUCAUUAGAGCAGCUUGGUAUACUGCUGGUGUUGUUGGAGGACUAAGCACAAUUGCUGUUUGCGCCCCCAGUGAGCAAUUUUUGUACAUGGGUGGCCCCCUAGCAAUGGGUCUUGGAGUUGUUUUUGUAUCAUCCAUUGGUACAAUGUUCUUUCCAGCCUCAACAGCCUUUGGUGCUGGUUUAGCCUCAGUUUCUAUCUAUGGAGGACUUUUACUUUUUUCUGGGUUCCUUCUGUAUGAUACACAAAGAAUUAUUACACAGGCUGAAAGUUAUCCACCUUCACCUGGUAUCUAUGGAGUUAGACCCUAUGACCCAAUUAACGCGUCUAUUUCAAUAUAUUUGGAUACUUUGAACAUAUUUAUUAGAAUUGCUACAAUUUUAGCUGGUGGUGGACAACAAAGAAAAUAAAUUUAUGAUUUAUUAUGUAUAAGACCUUGUAAAUAAAUUUGUCUUUCAUGUUAUUACUUUACUCUAAUUAUUAGGUUACAAUUAAUUUAUUUUAUUAAAAGGACUUCUUUAUUUAU